AUGAAAAGUGAACGAACUCAGAUCAUUGUUUCUGAUAUUGCUGGGGUCGUUAUUGUCACCUACCUCCUUUACAAUCUAGUAAUGUCCAAGGGGCUCACAUGGGUGUUCUGUAUGUAUGGCGUGCCACUGCUCAUUAUGAGGGGAGCUCUUAGUGUUAUCGAUAGAGUUGAUGGGAUCUUGAACAUAACAGGCCACAACAUCACUAAUACUCACGUUACCGAUCAUUUAUUCCCGAAAAUACCUCAUUAUCAUGCAAUGGAAGCCACGAGAGCAAUCAAGCCCAUAUUGAAAGACUAUUACAGGCUUGAUGACACACCGAUUUUGAAAGCCUUAUACAAAGAAGCAAAAGAAUGCAUAUAUGCUAAAUCAGAUGAUAAUGAAGAGGCCAAGGGUGUCUUCUGGUUUGACAAUAAGUUUUAA